AUGCGCGGUCGCCACCUCCUAAAACCCCUGCCCCUACUCACCCCUAAACCCCCUUCCCGGCCGCCCGCCGCCCACUUCCGCGCCCGUGCUGCAGCCCAUCCGCCCACGCCGCGCCGCGUGCCGCUGGCCGAGCCCGACGUCGGCGUCUCCCGCUUCGCCUCCUCCAUCCCGGGCAUCCGCGGCGCGCUCAAGCAGCGCUACUCCGACUUCGUCGUCCACGAGGUCGCCCGAGACGGCGCCCUCGUCCGCCUCACCUCCUUCGAUCUCCCCGACGGCGAGGAGAGUGGAGAUAAUGUGGAGGACGGCGGAUGCGACGCCACCGCGGAUCCAUCGCGGGCGCUCGAGUCGUUCCGGCUGCUCUGCGGCGAAGUGGAUUAUGACGCGUUGAGGGGAUUCCUGGAGAGGGUUUCGGAGGGAGGGGAUGGUGAUUUGUCGCCAAUCAUUCUGUCAGCUGAUUCAGAUAAGGCCCAUCGAUCGGAGGUGCACGAGUUCAUCAAGAGGAAUUUCAAGUUCCUGAACACGGAUACGGUUGAGCACAGCGAUGGCAUUCAUAAAUGUAUUAGGGUGCGCUUGGGUUCAGGGCCACGUGGUGGGAGGGGAAGGAACAGGAGAGGCAUGGACAGUUCAGGCUGGAGAGAUGACAAGCCAUUUGACAGUAGAGGCUCUACAUCCUGGCCUUAUCACCUGGGGAAGUUCCUGAGGUUUCACCUUUACAAAGAGAACAAGGACACACAAGAGGCACUAGGAGUUAUAGGAAAGAUGCUAGGGGUUCAGCCAAGAUCGUUUGGAUUUGCAGGGACAAAGGAUAAACGUGCUGUUACAACCCAACAGGUGACACUUUUAAAAGUGCAUGCUAGUAGGUUGGCUGCUCUUAAUAGCAAACUCGCAGAAUCGGCCAAUGCUAUAAAUGCUGCAGUUAAUGGUCUAAGUAAAAAUGGAUUUAUCAAUUACUACGGCUUACAGCGCUUUGGCAACGGUUCUGUACCUACUCACUUUGUUGGUGCUGCUUUGCUUAGAGGAGAGUGGCGACAUGCUGUUAGCUUGAUUCUUGGUACAAGGGUACAUUAUAAAUGGCAUGGUGCUGUUGAUGCAGCACUUAGGAGCAUGCCCCGACAUCUCACAGUGGAGAGAGCUAUUCUUCAGAGAUUGAAGAAGUACCCUGACAACUAUCUACAAGCACUAAUGGCUAUACCUAAAACACUGAGGCUGAUGUAUGUACAUAGCUACCAGAGUUACCUAUGGAACCAUGCUGCAAGUAUGAGAGUGGAAAAGUAUGGUAUUUCACAAGUUGUAGAAGGUAACUUAGUUUACAAAACAGGGUCCUCUCUUGGAGAAGCAACUACCACAGAUACGUUUGAUGAUGAUGAUAGCCAUGUUAAUUCAUCUGAAAUGGAAAUGUCUUGUGAAACACUUCCUGAAGAAAUGAUCCAGUCUGUGAAGAUAGUUGAUUCUAAAGAUUUAUUGAAGGCAGUCUACUCGAUUGAGGAUGUUGUCCUCCCUUUGCCUGGGUCAGAAACAUUGUUUCCUGAGAAUGAAGUUGCUAGGAUUUAUCAUGAAAUAGCCAAGAAGGAUGGCAUUAGCCUGAUAGAGAGCGCCCAUGGUAUCAAGGACUUCUCGAUUACAAGCAUGAAAGGAGGUUACCGCCGCGUACUCCAACGCCCUAUUGAUUUUGAAUGGGACCUAAUGACUUACAAAGAUGACAAUACACCUUUAGUACCAACUGAUUUAGAUGUUCUAUCAGAAACCCCAUCAGAAACAAAUGAGCCGUUAUCUGAUGGGACUUGCAGUUGUCCAUCAAGUGAUUCCAGGUUGCAAGUUUCAUUGGACACCUCUGGACCAACCAUUGAAGCUAGCUCAGUAGAAACCAAAUCAAUUGGCAUCUCAGAUCUGUCACCAGAGAAACUGGCUGUGAAAUUAGAAUUUACUCUACCAGCAUCAUCUUAUGCUACAAUGGCCAUAAGGGAGUUGACGAAAACUUCAACUUCGGUUGCUUGCCAGAAAACAUUAAACGGCUGA